AUGGCUAUGAGCAGGAUACGCGGCGCCUUUGCGGUGCCUAGAAAAGGAGAAACAUUCGAAUUGCGAGCUGGACUUGUAUCUCAAUAUGCCUACGAACGAAAGGAGGCUAUCCAAAAAACCAUCAUGGCCAUGACCUUGGGAAAAGAUGUAUCUGCCCUUUUCCCCGAUGUCCUGAAGAAUAUUGCGACGAGCGAUCUCGAACAGAAGAAAUUAGUAUACCUGUAUCUGAUGAAUUACGCCAAAUCUCACCCGGACCUCUGUAUUCUCGCCGUGAAUACCUUCGUUCAAGACUCCGAAGACCCUAAUCCUCUGAUCAGAGCGCUCGCAAUCCGAACGAUGGGAUGUAUCCGAGUGGACAAGAUGGUCGACUACAUGGAGGAGCCCCUCCGGAAGACUCUCCGCGAUGAGUCGCCCUAUGUCCGCAAGACAGCGGCGAUUUGUGUAGCCAAGCUUUUCGAUCUCAACCCCGACCUGUGUAUGGAGAAUGGCUUCCUGGAAAUGCUUCAGGAGAUGAUUGGAGACCCCAAUCCCAUGGUGGUUGCGAACUCGGUGACAGCGCUGUCGGAGAUCUAUCACGCCGCGCCUGAAACCAAUGCGCUCCAGGUCACAGCCAAUACGCUACGCAAGCUAUUGAUGGCGCUGAACGAGUGCACAGAGUGGGGUCGAGUUACGAUUCUCACAACUUUGGCAGAGUAUCGGACUUCUGAGGUCACCGAAUCAGAGCAUAUCUGUGAACGCGUGGCCCCUCAAUUCCAGCAUGCGAAUCCCAGUGUUGUGUUGGCCGCCGUGAAGGUCGUCUUUUUGCACAUGAGGAAUAUCAAAGAUGAACUCUCCAAGAACUAUCUGAAAAAGAUGGCUCCCCCCUUGGUGACCCUUGUCUCAUCCGCUCCCGAAGUGCAAUAUGUAGCCCUGAGAAAUAUCGACCUGUUACUGCAAAAACAGCCGGAUAUUCUAAACAAAGAGCUCCGUGUGUUCUUCUGCAAGUACAACGACCCGCCCUACGUUAAAUUCCAGAAGCUUGAGAUCAUGGUUCGCAUUGCCAACGACCGCAAUGUCGACCAGCUUCUGGCAGAACUCAAGGAAUACGCCCUGGAAGUGGACAUGGACUUUGUGCGGCGCGCGGUCAAGGCGAUCGGUCAGGUUGCCAUCAAGAUUGAGAACGCCAGCGAGAAGUGCGUUAACACAUUGUUGGACUUGAUCAACACGAAGGUCAACUACGUGGUACAGGAGGCCAUCGUGGUGAUCAAGGACAUUUUCCGGAAGUAUCCUGGCUACGAAGGCAUCAUUCCGACUCUUUGCAAGUGCAUUGAUGAGCUUGAUGAGCCUAACGCCAGGGCCGCGCUCAUCUGGAUCGUGGGAGAGUAUGCGGAGAAGAUCAACAAUGCUGGAGACAUUCUAGGCGGGUUCGUGGAAGGGUUCAAUGAAGAGUUCUCGCAAACGCAGCUACAAAUCCUCACCGCUGUUGUUAAACUUUUCGUAAAACGGCCUGAGAAGGCCCAGGGACUGGUGCAGAAGGUCCUGCAGGCCGCAACGGCGGAGAACGACAACCCUGACGUUCGUGACCGAGCCUAUGUGUACUGGCGCUUGCUAUCCAACACAAGCGACCCUGGUGCCACGAAGAACAUUAUGCUCUCUGAAAAGCCACCAAUCGUGACUACCAUCCACUCUCUCCCACCAGCACUUCUCGAACAACUCCUCACCGAGCUUUCUACCCUCGCCUCAGUAUACCACAAGCCACCAGAGCAAUUCGUGGGCCAAGGCAGAUUUGGUGCCGACGCCGUUCAAAGGGCCGCCAUCGAGGAACAAAUCCAAAAUGCACGGGAGAACCCGUUGGCUGCGGCGGCAGCUGCGGCGGCAGUUACUGGCAAGGCUCCGCCACCCCAGAGUCAGAACAAUGUUGAAAAUCUUCUGGAUAUCGAUUUCGACGGGGGCGCACCAGCAUCCGCUCAGAAGGAACCUAGCGGCGGCAUGUCCGGCCUUGAAGGCCUUGCAGGCACACCUGUCCGGGUAGAGUCACCCGCGGCCGGUGCUCCGGCGGGCAGCAACAAUCUGGACGAUCUACUGGGCGUGUUUGGUGACGGCGGGGGUGCUACAGCCUCGGCCCCAGCCCCCAACGGUAAUAGUGCUAGCGCAGACCUCAUGAAUGGUUUCGCCGGGCUGGAUCUAUCAUCGAACACCACAUCACCACCAUCGGAAGGAAGCCAGCCCAAGAAGACCAACGAGGACAUUUUGUCACUGUUCUAA